AGGGUUGUUGCAAAGCCUCAGAGAUGUAUUCAUCCAUGGCCUUGUUUUGUGUGUCAGGUAGUGGGUAAAUGUGUGAUUGGGGUGACAUGGUGGCUGAGAACAGGUUGUUGACAGUUAUAGGGUCUGUGUCGACGUAGAGCGGUAAGGGUUAGUAAAAUAAGUGUUUGUAAGGGUUUUUGUUGUUGUUGUUCUUCUUCUUUUUUCUUAAAUUUUCUCUGAAUAUUUUGCCUAACCUACUAUAGUAGGUUACUAGUAGCAGUAGUAGGUUAGCCAAAAAAAACUAAUUAAUAUACUACUGCUAAUUAUUAAAGUAUAAUGUGUCUUCUUUUAUAUGAGAGAUUAACCACUAGAGGGCAGUGUGACACCAUAAAUAAAUUCAAUGCUGACCUCAGGUAGAAAUUCUAUGUAAAAUAGGAUUUAAGACUCCACCUGGGUCCAGCACUUGUUUGCACUUUAUAAAAUAAUUUUACUUUUUUUAUUUAUUUAUAAUUUUGGAUUUUAUCAUUGUGCCUUUAAUUAGCUUUAAGAUUAAAGCUUCAAAGGUACACUACAUGCACCUUCCCAGGUGAAAUAUAUACACUAAAGACUACUGCUCCAGUGAAAGUUACAGUUUAGUACAUUUCUCUCUGACAGGGCACUGUAUGUGUACCCUGUAUGAGAACUGUACAAUUGCCAUUUUGCCAAGUAUACAGUAUUUUAGGAGGAAGAAAUUUACGUUAUGAAUUAUUUUUUCCUGAUAACAAUAAACCUGCUGUGAAGCAUGUUGGUGGUAGCAUCAUGUUGACUAACCCUUGGCCUCUUGGUUAUUUGUAAAUAACUUUUGCAAACUAUACUGAUGCCAGUAUUGUAGGCCACUUUGUGUAGAUUCAUUACAUAAAAUCCAAAUUAAGUCCUUCUAAGUUCAAGGUUGUAAUGCUGCAAAAUGGAAUCAACACCUCCUGACCAAUCAGAAUCCAGACUUCUACAGCACUGUGGAGUAAAUCUAGGUAACAAAUCUGUAGAAUCUAAAGAAUGUUAAACAGAUUAAGGCAGGAACUGGUAGUCUUUAAAAUUAAAAGCACAUUUAAUCCAUCCAUUUUCUAUACUUUUUAUACUGCACAGGGUCACGGUGGAGCCUGGAGCCUACCCCAAGGGCACAGGGCGGGGGACACCCUGGACAGGGUGCCAACCCAUCACAGGGCACAAUCACCCAUUCACACACUACGAACAAUUUGGAAAAUGCCAGUUAGCCUACAGCGCAUGUCUUUGGACUGGGAGGGAAACCCCAAAAGCAGAGGGAGAAAAUGCAAACUCAGAGCACACAGGGUGGAGGCGGGAUUCAAACCUCCAUCCCCGGAGGUGCGAGGCAACAGUGCUAACCACUAAGCCACUGUAGCCCCAGUGGAUUUAAUAGAACCACAAAAAUAAAGCAGUAACAGUUUUAUACACUGAAUUGUUUAAUUUUAAGAUAAUUGUUUCUCAUUUCCAUUGCAGUUUUGUCUUAAAAGUAAUUUCAGUUCCACAAACUGAAAUUUUCCAUAGAAACUGCUUUAGUCUUUAGCUUCAGUUCUUUAAUUUCAACACCCUUGUUUUCAGACAGCAGUGGUUUGGGGGUAAUGAUGGCAAAUUUAUUUAUAUGUGUACAUAAGUCCACACUAUAGCAUUAUUAAGUCCCCUAUGAUGGUUCAUCUAAUUAUAACUUAAUUAUAACUUAACUGUCUUUUCACUUACUAACUCCUCUGUCCUGAAGAAGCUGGAAAAGCUAAAGUUACAGCUUUACCUCUGACUGUUAUAAAGCACUGACACUAGAGGCUCCUUCCAUAAAUGUUUGUUAAACAUCUCCUUAUGACUUGUUGUUUAAUAAAUAAAAAAAAACAGUUAGCAUUGGCAAAUUGCUUUGGUAUAAGAGGAAUAAGCCACUUGGGGAUAUGCUGAUUUAGGAGAAUAAUCAACUCUGCGGUGGUAACAUUAACUCCAGUUCAUCAUAACAACCCCUCACCCAGUAUUUUACAUAAUGUAGUGUUUAGAAAUGUGUGUGUGUGUGUAUGCGUGUGUGGCUUUUUCCUCUAUUUCUGAACAUCACUGCUGAAAACUAAAGAGUAACAACACCACACGGUGGUUUAUUUCUUACAUAGUAACUAGCAGUCGCUUGAUUUACAGAUGUGCCUCUUUUUUUAUUCAUUUAUUUUACAAAUUAAUAUAAGAAAUAUCGCUCUGACUAUGAAGACGAUUUUAGUGUGCUAUUAUUUGUAAAUGUUACUGAGAAUCCACGUUUAAAUUAAAACUGUACGUGCUAUUUUAGUCUUUUUCAUUAUCCCGACAUGCUGCACUAAUGUAGCUCAAUUCAAUUUUCAAUUCAUUUUUAUUUGUAUAGCGCUUUUUUACAAAGGUCAUUGUCUCAAAGCAGCUUUACACAAACAAAAGUAAAGUGAAGUGUGUGUGUGUGUGUGUGUGUGUGUGUGUGUGUGUGUGUGUGAGACGUCUCUGAUGAGGAAGCAGGGCGACGGUGGCAAGGAAAAACUCCCUGAGAUGGUGAUAGGAAGAAACCUUGAGAGGAACCAGACUCAACAGAGAACCCAUCCUCAUGGGUUUACACUGUAGUGCGCGUGUGUGUGUGUACAAUGUGUCUUUGUGUAGUCCAUAGAAAACAGCUGAAGCGUCUUCGUGGCAGUGUGAAGCAUUGCCGGUGGACAGGUCCAGAGUGUAGGGGGGUCUGGAUUACCAGCAGCUCAGGAGUGAUGCUCAUCUGGUCCAGAGCGUAGGGGGGUCUGGAUCACCGGCAGCUCAGGAGUGUAGCUCGGCAGAAAGAACUCAGCAUCCGUCCAUCUACCUCCACUAAACAAACUCGCCUUGAGUCAGUGUCAAAUGUAAACUAGGCCCCUCUGCAUCACAGGCCAUAUCACAGCACCCCGAUGUGGAUUAUUUUCCUAUAACAGCACACCCUAUUGUGUUUUAUUCUUUACGUAUUGUUCUGGAUGUGACAACGGAAAGAGAUGCGCCCUUUCAGAGACAUCCUGGCUUUUUGUAAAGCUGUGUCAAGCAAUGUAAGCUCAUCCUUCCCACUAGACUGGUAAGCAAUAUUCGUUUGGUUUUUAGUCACUUACACAUGUUACUGACAUAUGAUGUUCAAAUAUUACAGUAGUUCUAAUUAUACAUAUUGAAUAAAAAAAAUUAAGGUAGGCAAGGCUUAAGGGCACAGAAAAUUUAUAAUGAACAUUUGGGGUUAUUUGCUUCAAAUGUUUGGGAACCCCUGUGUUACAGCCUGCAAUGUUCUGCAGGUCGGGCCAUUCCAGAUUCCAGUCCGGGCCUUCCUGCCGUGCCUUAGACACUGCCAUCCAUCAGCCUUGUGUGCCGCUUCCGCCCCAAAGAUGACGUCAUCAAAGGGCGACAGUAUUCAGAGGCGACGAAAGCCAGUGUCUCUAGCUUCGAAUUGUUGAGCUUAGAUUGUGUUCGUGGUUGUAAUUGUUAAGCCAUUUCGUGCUUUUGUGUGAAACUUCUGUUUUUUUUUUUUUAACUGUGCUAUCCUGCUUACGAGUUUGAUCUGUGCUUUGGGUUUUUGUCCGCUGCCAAGAUUUGUAAAUCCUGUUUGUAAAUAUUGACACUGUAUAUGUUCACCGGUAGACUGCCAUUUCUUUUGAGUGUGGGUUUUGGUCUCUGUUUUGAUAAGGGAAGAGUUAGGGAAGAGGAUUGUCUUUUGUUUUGUUUUUUUCAUUGUUCUUUUUAGGUAAGUUAGUUCCCUUAACAGUGGUUUUUGUUUAUUAUUUUGGUCUUGGUCCACCCUGAAGUUGUUUGAGUUUAUUUGUGGUGUACAGCAAUUGUAUACAUUCUGUAUUAUAUCACAAUAUAUCACAUUUUUGAGUUUAUUCCUGGUGUGUCUCAUUCCUGGCUAGUCUAGGGCACCAUAUACUGACUUCACUUCACCUUAUACAUUACCCCUUGCCUACUCACACUGUGAGACCUAAUCCUAGACUGGAUCAUAAUAGAAUUAGGGGCUCAUCUGGGAUCUUUAAUAACUAUAUUUGUUUUAACUGUCUUUUUUUCAUUGGAGUGAUUAUGUUGUGGUUUGGCUGUUAUUUGGGAGUUAUGGCAGGGCUUGAUUUGACUACAUUUACACUUUGUCCUACUUUGGAAGAGUUUGAUAAGUGUAGAAAAGAUGACCUUCCUUUAAUAGCUGGCUUCUUUGAGGUUUUGGUUCUGCGAUUAGCUAGCAAGAAGGUGGUUAACGCUGCGCUGUAUGAGAUGUAGUGGCUCAGAAGGUCUACAAUCCAUAAAGUGUUACAUCAAGUCAUCUGAGUUAGGAAACUUGCAGGAAAUAUUUAUACUAAAUAUCAUACAUAAUGUAUACAAUUGAUUAAAGUAUCCUAUAUUUAGUAUAUUACAUAUUCACAAAGGUUUUGAGCUGAUAUUUUGAUUGUUUAACUUUAUUGGGCCAUUUUAUCACUCAUGAUAAGCCAUUUUAUCACUUAUUCAUGAUUGAUGAACCAUUUUAUGAUUCACUCAUGAUAAACUAUUUUAUCAAUCACUCAUGAUAAAGAUGGAAAGCUGUGGAAUGUAACACACUAACACACCAGUUAUAGGUUUUGUCUUUUUCAUUGGUCAGAAAUAAUGAAAAGAAAUUCCAUCCAUCCUACACAGGGUCAUGGGGCACCUGGAGCCUAUCUCAGGGGACUCAGGGUACAAGGUGGGAAACACCUUAGACAUGGUACCAACCCACAGCAGGGCACGAUUGCACACACAGGGCAAUUUACAGAUGCCAACCAGCCUAUAACACAGGUCUUUGGACUGGGGAGGAAAACAGAAUACCCACAGGAAACCCCCGAGACAUGCAGAACAGAGUUACAGGAAGUUAAUCCGACUCAGGAGAAGACAUGACCCAGAUGCUUCCUAAUGCAGCAGAAGUUUCUGACUCAGAAACACCUGUCUCUCCAAUCAUCUCCAACUUCCUGGAGCGUCUGACUGAUCAACAAUUACAUGUGAUGAGAGAGGCAACGAGUGAUCCGCUCACAAGAGAAGAAAUGCACAAAAUAUUGAAGAAAGUUGUGAAGACUGUGACAGAAAUGGCACUAAAAAUCAUCAUUCCAAACAUGGAUGAAAUUCUGAACGUGGAUCCUUCAUUCCCUUGCUCUUCAGAACCUGGUUCCUCACAUCAAUCUGUACUAUCUCCUUCUAACAGGCAUGAGCUCAAGGACACAGUGGACUCAGGGUCUCACUCCACGUUAACUAAGGAUGAGGACCUGGAGAUUGAUAGUGAACCAGUGGACGUGCUUUUGGAAAUAACAGAGGACAACAUUCCGUUGAGAGACGAUGAAAGCCAACAACAGUCAGUGAGUGGACUCCACAGUGGCUGGUCCUCAAACAGUUCCUCUGAAUUGAAUGCCGCAGUCGUUAAAGAAGAGUUUCAGGAGAUUAUUUCUGGCGCAAGUAACAUGGCACUGAGUUCAGACACAGGCAGUCCGUCACCACCAUUUCAUAUCCUGCCUAAGUCCAAGGGAACUAACUCGGUGACUAAGGUUGUCACAAAUGCUAACAUGGCACUGAGUUCAGAUUCAGGUAGUCAGUCACCACCGUUUCAUAUUCUGCCUAAGUCCAAUAGUACUAACUCUGUUUUAGUGACUAAAGCUGUCAUGAAUGCCAUCGUCAGUACCAUGACUAACCGCCUCGAUGAAAAGGAAGAUUUGCGCAUUUUGCAGCUCCUUACUAGUGUUGCCCGAAAACUCGAGGUCCUGUCAUCUGCUUCUAGUUCAGAGACACUCUUUAAAUCAGAAAGUGAAAGCGAUUCGUCUGACUCACACCCACUAAAUACUCACACACUUUCCAGUAAGAACUUCCAGAUAAGAGCUUCAAAGGCAGUUAAUGAUAUUCUUAUUAAGACCACCAAUAAUUUGGAUCCUAAGGACGAUCUCCACUCCAAUGUAUUGGCUGAUGACUUGAGCACUGCUUCUAAUUCAAUGGUUAAAACCUUUGUUAAUGAGAUUACUGCAGCAGCACAAGAACUCAUACAAACAUCUCAGUCUGGAGAUCUGACUACCGACAAGCCAAGUGCUAAACCAAGUAAAUCCUCAACAACCGCUCAGGAUGAUAGCAACAGACUUUUGUCCGCAGUUAGGAGAAUUUAUGGAAGCAUGCAGAAUAAAGUUGUAAAAUCUUUCUCACAGCUGCUUGCUCAGCCAAGCACUAAGACAGUCAAAGUUUUAACAUCCACCAGGAGCAGUCCAUCACCUCCUAAUGAGGUUGCGCAAGCAAGCCAGAGUGAUUCACACAUAUUAGCUGCCAGUCGCUUGAAUGCAUUUAAGCCCUGGAAGACCUUAAGUGACAGCUUGCAAAGGCUUGUCACCCUUAAUGUCAAUCGAGAGCAGAUCCAACAGUGCACAAAGGACAUACUACAGGAGAUAAUCACCGUUUAUAUAUCAGAAGAGCACAAAACCAAAGAGAAAGAAGAGAUUGCAACUGAAAAAUAUUCAUUCAAAGCAACACAAUCUCGUUCAUAUGUGUCCCUUGUUGCUGAAAGGGUUGUGGAUGAUAUGUUAUUCAGUCUAGUGCAGUUCAAAUGGCCUGAUGGCUCGUCAGGAAGUGGCAGUGAUGCAGAUGAUAAUUUUUCAGAUUUAGAGACGAAUGUAUUGACGACUAGUACGGAAGAGAACAUUUCAGCCAUCCAGAAAAUUUCCAGCGAAGAGUUUAGGACUGAGGCUUCCAGGCUUGUGAGCGAGGUCUUCUCUCAAUCAAUCGUAAUUGCAGAUGCUGACAUUCCUGAGGCAGACCUGGAUACUACUGCUUUGAAAAUUGUGGAGGAAUUUGUGACAGACAUUCGUGACCUAUUGGGAAACAUUGCACAAUCUCCACAACUGGCAGCUGAUAUUUGUGAGAAUUCAUUCUCAGGUUCCUUGCCUUCCAGUGAGGACAUACAUGUGCUUCACUCCCUAGAACAGACAGACUCUGGAUCUUCAAAGGGAAGUACAGAGUCCCGUCCUAACAUCUCUGAGGUAGACUUGUGGUCAUUUGUGCAUAAUCUGUAUGAUAGUGUGAUGAGCCAGGUCAGUGAAUUUUUGUUCAAGCAUCAGCAGAGAGAAGCUGAAGUAAGAAAAGUUGUUGCUAAUGUAUUCUUGGCUAUUGAUGAGCAAUUGCAAUCAUCACAAGAAGCACAGCAUGCACGCAAUGUGAUUGGAUCCAUGCAGAAAAAUGUUGGCGUGGACAAACCUCCAUCAGCUCAUACACUAAAAAGUAUAGAGCCAGAGAGACUCUGUUCCACAGCAUCAUCCAGAACAUUGGUGUCAAAGGACAAUAAUUUGAACUGGAAUGAAGUAACAAAUCCUGUGACUCCUUAUCCAUCGUUAUCUUCUCUAGGUAAGAGAUCACCCUGCUUAAAAAGUUCACUGAGAAGCUUAGACAAGGAAGUGCGACCCAAGACUCGAAGCAGUGACGUAGUUUCAAUGACCACAUUAGUGGACACCUUGAUGGCCUCUUUGGAUUUAGAACAUGCUGAGCAUUUUAGUUCUCUGGAGAAUUUAUUUGCAGCAGCAAACAGAUCUGGUGAAAUGAAUUCAAAAGGAGCCCCUCACAAGUUCACACUCAAGUUUGUAGACAUGAUCCAGCAGCUAAUAAAGCGUAGAAUGACUCCCAUCAAGAGCGUCUCAGAUUCUGCUGUUGAGACAAGAAGGAGACAAGUAAAUACUGACAUGCAGCAGUCAUUGGCAUAUGAAUUUCUAUGCGAAUUUGCUGAAGAGUCAGUAAAACGCUUGCUUACUUCCUGUAUUUUGCCACCACCAACUCCUGCCCGCACACAAGAACUUCCAACCAUGCCCUUUGUCACACCUGAGAAUUUUGACUUCUCAAGACCUCUGUCUGAGGUGUACGCUGAUGCGACAGAGCUGUUGUCGAACAUUGUCUGGAAGCAAGUAAUGGAGCACCUGUCAGUAUCAUUUGAUCAGUGUGUGGAUGAAAUAUUCAGCAUCUACAGUGAGGACCUGCGCUCUAUUGAGGACCAAAAGUUAGAUACGACAGCGUCCUGCUCCGAAUUGCAUCCAGCACCACAACAAAGCAUGGAGACUAUUUCAAAUGCUGAGAAAACACCAGAAGUUGCCUCAUACAGCUGUGAAAAAGCCAAAACCUUUUCUUUGACUGCUCUAUGUCACUGUGUUAGAACAAUAUUACUCAGGAUCCAGCAGGAAUCAUCAGCUGAGGUAUCUCCAUUCUUAUAUGAGACCAGUGAUGAGGUGCAAUUAAUUACCAUUGCUGUCCUGGAUGUUCUGAAAGGUUGCAGGGGUGUGAAGCUGAAGGAUGACGAACACGAGCCUAAAGAGCUUCAGAGCAGGCUCAUUGACACAGUGUACACACAGGUGCUACAGAGAAUCGGCUCUCAGAGUGAUCUGUUUGAGGCAUUAAAGUCCCAGAGUCCAGAGCUGACUGGAUCACUGGCAGUCUCGAUCGUCAGGACACUUCAGAGCAUGAAUCCUGAAGACAUCUACAUUACAUCAUCACACUCUCGUUCACCUGCAAAUGACACAGAAGAACAUCUGGAAUUCAGCCAGGCCAUUAAUGACCAAGGUCCAUCUGCAGUGGAGAUCAAAAAGGAACUUUUCCUCAAGCAUCCAAAACUGAAGAAUCUCUUCAAGAAAUUGAGAAAAGGAAAGACGGGAAGUUCUGACUCUCUGGACCAGGAGCAGCACUGUUCUACUGAUGCCGAUAUGAGUUCAAACAUUGCAAAUUCCAAAAGGAGAAGCGGAGGAAGCGGUCCAUCUUUUCCCAGUUAGAGGUUAACUACUCAAAGCUUUAGUUAAAACACUGCACACUAAUGGCCCCUGGUGUUCAAAAAUAUUAAAGGAAAAGUCCACCCUUGCACAUCAAUCUUUAUAAUUAACAUGUGAUCUUCAACGACCAUGAUUUAUUAAGUUAUAGCAUUUUUUAUUAUUAUUUUUUGACAGACUAAAGCACUACUGUGUCACUCUUUUUAUAUUGAGAUGAAACAAGGGCCAAAUCAAACUAAAGGGAUAAAUAGUCAUUGGGAUAAUGUAGGGAAAUUAAAAUAGAAUGUUGAAAGUUAACUCUUUUUUUUGGUUUAAACUUCUUUGAUUGAUAUUUUUAUUUUCCUACAUUGUCCACAAUGCUGUUUGACUAGCUGAUAGUGAUAGUGGUGCAGUGAGAUUUAGCCCUUGUUUCAUCUUUACAUAAGAAGAGUGAUGCAGCAGUGCUUUAGCCUGUCCAGCACUCUUAUGUCCUCAUCUGUACACUCUGCUCAAACAGAACAGCUUCCAAAGCAUCAACUUUCAUGCUAACACAUUGUGCUCGUCAACUAGCCAAGCCGAGCUGUAACUCAGUGUUGUAUAGCUGAAUUGCAUUCUUGGACUUUGAGUCCAGCAUUUGCACCAAUGUCUCCGCUUCAUUUAUUCUGGAUUUCUCAUUAAUGUGACAUCACUGGAAAAUGGUAAGUAAGAAACGAAGCUCUUGGUCCUUUUUUUUUAGAAGCAAAAUCUGACCAUUCUCACUUAUGUUUGACAUAGCAAUUCUUUUAACCUAUAAAAUGUCAUUGUGACAUCAGUGUGACACCCUGUGACAUCGUCACAGGACAUAACCGCUGUCUUCUCACCAGAAUAACAGGAAAUACACCACAAACUAUAUAUUAGCAACAGAAUCACUCAUUGGCUUGGUCUUCACGUGCAAAGAUUACUGUGAUUUGAGUCUGUGGUGACAGCAUUGGGUUCUCUGGUGGCUCAGCAAGCCAAUUGAGGGCUGCUGCCUCCUUUGUUUUUCUACGUGUCUCCUCCACUGCUGCUCACCAAGAGGCCUUGUAGAUCUUGGCAGCGUGCUUGGUGGCUGCAGACCAGUGUGAUCUAUUUAGCAGCCAACUGUUCACAGAACUGGUGGUCGAUGUCGGAUUGGCUGAGCUGGCUGGCGUUUCAGCUGGUCCUUGAAGCACUAACGUGGGGCUCCUUUGAUACUCUUCCCCUCACACAAUUCCCCAUAUAAGACGGCUUUGGGCAUGCAGGUGUCUUCCUUACGGGGCGACGUAGCCAGCACCAUGGAGCUGCUUUGGCAGCAGCAUGGCCUCAACGCUAGGCAGCUCGGCUCUAUCCAGGACAUUAUUGUUGGUAACGUAGGUCCUGCCAUCUAAUGAUGGACCACAGACAGCGUUGGUGGAGUUGCAUGUGCUUCCUCUAGAGUACCCAGGCUUCUGCUCCAUAGAGUAGGGUCAAGAUGAUGGGAGCCCUGUAGAUAUGGAUCUUGGUGGACAUGCACAGCAAUUAUUCCCUCCAAACAUGCUUCUGGAGGCAGCCAAAGGAACUGCUGGCUUUAGAGAGGCGGUUGUUGAUGUCCUUGGACACCAUUUCUUCAUCGGCGCUGACACUCCCAAGGUACAUGAAAUGAUCCAUAGUGUUGAGAGGGUGCCCGUUGACGUUGAUCUGGGGAGGGAUGCAGUCCAAAUGUGGAAGCUUCUGGUACAUCACUUCCAUUUUCUUCAGACUGGCGGUCAUACCAAAGGCCACUGCUACGUGGGCGAAGUGGUUUACAAUUAUCUGCAGAGCCUCCUGUGUGUAGGAAAAGAGAGUACAGUCAUACGUGAAGCGAAACUCCAGGAUCAACCCAUCGAAGGUCUUGGUGCAUGCGAGAAGGUGGCAAAGGUUGAAGAUUCUGCCAUCUGCCAGAAUCUAAUGUAGAGUCCCUCCAAUAGGUCCUCCUUGGCUUCUGUGAUCAUCAGGCUGAAGAAGAUGGCGAAAAGUGUGGGAGCAGAAGGACAGAGCCUUGCUUGACGCUAUUGUCGAUGGCAAAAAUUUCAGACAGGUCGCCUUUGUGUUUCGCUUGUCCCCUCUGGCCUUCAUGUAGCUGUUUCAGUAGGGUGAGGAAUUUCGGCAAGCAUCCCAGCUUGAACAGGACUGUCCACACUCCGCCUCCACUCGCUGUGUCAAAGGACUUGGUCAGGUCUAUAAACACUGCUAAUGAGCUCCGUCUACCCAUGUUUGGCAUGAGAGUUGUACUUCUCCUAGAAUGGCUGCCAGAGAGAGCCCAGUCUACGAUUAACAGAAACACUAAACACAUCACAAAUAUUUCAGUAUAAACUUCUCAUUUGUUUUAGGGUGGAGUUUAAUGUUAAUAAAUUUCUCUGACUUUAUGAAUGAUGUUUUUAAUUUAAAUCUGUAUUACGUCUGUGUUUUGUUGACUUGCAAUAAAUAUAUUUUAUACUGUCUGUGGUAUAAAAUAAAGUGCCUGUGUGAUGUAGUUUGUCAUAUUGACAUUAAAUAAAUACUCAAAUGAUUUUUAUUCAGGAAUAAUAUUUCAGUGAUAAGACUUUUUUGUAAACCUACAAUUUCUCUCACAAUGUUUACAUGGAAGUUCCAGUUGGUGAAGGUGAGAAUAAAUGUAUUUUGUAAAACCCAGAACUGAGAACUUCUGAUCUAAGGAUAAAUCCUCUUUGCUCUGGUGUGUUUUUGUGUUCAGAAUUUAAAAAGCAUCACUAUUUCAUUCCAAACACUAAAAACAGCGGCUUCAGACCUGCUGUAUUCACAUAUUUACAAUACAUAUAUUUUUUAAUCCAUUAUUUCUGUAAAGCUGCUUUGUGACAAUGUCCAUUGUUAAAAGCACUAUACAAAUAAAAUUGAACUGAAUUAAGUAGCCAUGAACUAAGGUAUUAUAUUAUAACCUAUUGUAUUAUAUACACCUUAUUUCCCCAGCUUUUGAAAAACUGAUGCCAUUUCCACCAAAAAAAAUUAAUGAUUGUGUCUUCAGUGAAUGAACCAGUACCGAAGCAGUCGCAUGGAUGUGUGCUGAACAAAGCUUGAGAUGCAUAGACACAAGGAAUUCAAGGAAAAGUCAACAUACAGUGUAUUAGUAAGGUGUUAAGUCCACCACGAGCUAAGAGAAGCGCUUUGUCUGAUUCUACAAGACUCUGGAACUGUACUGAAGACAUGGAUCAAUGUUUAGACGCCUAAUUAUCGGCAAAAUUAAAGCAUCAAUUCAGCAUUGUUGUAUUUUUCAACAAUUUCAUUCAACUGACUUUGCUCUUUAAACAGUAACUUCAAAUGUGUUGUGAUGAACAGGUUUCCAUCCAUCAACUAGACUGUAUACAUGGAACAGGCCAGGACAUGUCUCUGGAAUAAAUGGUAACUAGUGGAUUCUCUUAGCAACCUCUGAGAAGAAAAAGCAUCAAGUGAGGAGAGAGUGAGUGCACUUCUGCAUAAAGCAGAGAAGCUGGAGCAGUGUAAUGACAAAGUGCAUAUAUACUGAAUUACUCUAUGCUUAAAAACCAAACUGGGGAAGAGAGAGAGAGAGAGAGAGAGAGGGAGAGAGAUAUGGCUGGAAAAAAGAUUCCACAGUGGGUAACUUUACUUGGCUACUAUUGACUUAAAGCUAAAACUCUACUGACAUCAAUAACAACUCAGAUUCUUGUACUCAAGAUCCUUUAAAACACACAGCACUGUUUGACUCUAUAGUACACAGUUAUAGAAGAGUAAUGAUUUAUAAUCGCACCAUCCGGUGUCACCCAGAUGAG